AUGUUCAAUUUUCCUAUAUGGAUCAAGUUCAACUUCUCAUUAUGUUUAAUAAUCUACGGUACUUCACUUGUAUUCAGUCUAACCACCAACAGUGCUCAGAGGCCCGAAGCCGCGAUCGAACUACGUGCUGUAGUCGAAGGGCGACCUCUCCCACCAUGUAGAGGGAAGAUAUGUUCACCAGGUGCAACAAAGACGUCUCCUGGAUUGAAAGACGUGGUUGCAGCUAAUAAAUCAAACACUAUCACAGAGCCAACUUAUCCAAAGACUCGUCAAAGUGCUCCAAUUACAUGUGGUGAUACAGAGUCCAUGGAAUCGAACAAUCAACCAAUCUUUCCAAAGACUCAUCAAACUGCUCCAAUAAAAUGUGGAGAUACCGGUUUACCACCUCCAUGUGGGAAUUUGCCAUUGAAGUCCACAGAUGCGAAGUAUUUAAAUCCUACAAGGACUCGUCGGAGUAAACCAGUGAAAGUUAUUGAAGCGCGUAGUAUCUACCAAAAAAGCGAAGGAAGCGGAGUGCCAGCGCCAUGUGGUUCAGCUCUUGCCCCAUGUACUAAAAAGAAAGAUACCAAGUAG